AUGACUCUGAGAAGGUUUGCACGCUGUGCUGCUUGGUAUGACACCUCUGCAAUAGCGCACGUGAACGUGAGAAGGUCGUUCCUCAAGGCCCAGCUUGGACGGCGCACGCCAAGCGCCAGGCGAAUCGUCACGCUUCAAGCCAAGGGUGGCAGUGAUCAGGACGCUGCGGAGAAAGGGGAAGGUGACAAGGGAAAGGGGAAGGAAGAGCCUGGUUCUUCCUCUAAAACAGAGGCAGAGGCUGUAGCUGCUGCGACUGCGGCAGUAUUGGCAGAUGAGCCGUCAACCGACACUAUCCAAGCUGCCGCCGAGGCUGCCACCACAGAAGAGGAGGCGGCAAAAAAACUAGAGGCGGAGCCUGUCAUCAGCCCGGCUCUGCAGGCGAUCUACGACCAGUGUCAAACCUGGCAAUGGAAGGGCCAGCAUAAGAUCAACUACGUCAAGAUAGGGACCGGCCCGCCCAUUGUGCUGGUCCAUGGCUUUGGCGCGUCGCUUGGGCACUGGAGGAAGAACAUUCCCGUUCUCUCCAAGACGCACACCGUCUACGCUGUGGACAUGAUAGGGUAUGGGCGGUCAGAGAAGCCAGCGGGCUUUGUAUACACGAUGGAAACCUGGGCCGAGCAAUUGCAAGACUUUUUGACAGACGUCGUGCGCGCUCCCACCAUUCUUAUGGGCAACUCCCUGGGGAGCUUGACCGCACUCAUUGCAGCGGCAGAGGGCGGUCCGGAGCUGGUUAAGGGGUGCGUACUGGUUAACUGCGCGGGUGGCAUGAACAACAAAGCAAUUGCAGACGACUGGCGGGUCGCGAUGCUGCUGCCCGUGUUCUGGUUCAUCGAUUUUCUGCUCGCGCAAGAAAAGCUGGCGGGCGGUAUAUUCAACAGGUUCCGCACCAGCCAAAACAUUCAGACCGUGCUGCGGUCUGUGUACGUGAACGAGGCUGCAGUAGACCGGGAGCUCGUCGAGAUCAUCAGCCGACCAGCAGGGGACGAAGGUGCUCUCCACGCCUUCUGUUCAAUCCUCUCCGGCCCCCCUGGUCCCCGGCCCGAAAAACUGCUGCCCCGGAUUUCUACCCCCAUCCUCCUUGUGUGGGGGGAUACAGACACGUUCAUUCCGGUGGACGGCCCAAUCGGUCGCUUCUUCACGGCGUUGCCUAAAACGAAUCCGAACGUAGAGUUGACCAUAAUCAGCGGCGGUCACUGCCCGCAUGAUGAUAAGCAUGAGUUGUUCCAUGAUGCUGUGCUACCUUGGCUUGAAAAGGUUUCAGCAGGUCGCAAAGUUUUGGUGCAAAGUUGAGACGAUAGAUUGCACGGAUUGUCUUUAGUUCUACGUUUACUUAACUUUUUCAAGAGGUGCUGGAGCAUAGAUUCGGUUCUUCGCAAAUCCUGCCAAAUCGCAAGCUUGUAACGACACUUGUACAAAGGCAAGAAGAUUGCAUAGGUUUUCAAGUACCUAGUUUACUCUGGCGAAAUUCGCAUUCGUGAUUGCCUGGGAUCGACCAUAAGUACAUGAGCGCCUUGCAAACAAUCAAAAUGUCCUGGG